AUGAGGACCGCCGCCAUCUUCGCUGCUGCCAUUGCCUUUGUCGUACCAGUCCUGGCUCAGUCCAACGCCGCUUCUGUCCUUUCCAGCUUGCCGAGUUGCGGUCAAACCUGUAUUCUGAGUGGCAUCGCAGCCACUGGUUGCUCGCCUACCGACUCUGCCUGCCUGUGCUCCAAUACUGCCUAUCAGUCUGGCGUCAGUUCCUGCGUGACCUCGAGCUGCAGUUCUAAGGACGCAUUGAAGGUUGCCGCUGCCGCAAGCUCUCUCUGCCCCAACGGUACUGGCGCUCAGGCUGCUGGCGGCUCAUCAGCCGCUCCUGCCUCCUCGUCAGCUGCUGUCGUAUCUUCCAGCAGUGCUGCCCAGAUGACCUCCUCCUCUGCUGCUGCUGCUAAGACUGGCAGCUCAUCCAUGAUGACUUCGUCCCAGGCUAGUGCCAGCACUGCCGCUGGUGCAUCUGCAACGACUUCAAUGGCUGUCUACACUGGCGCUGCUGCGAAUGUUGGUGCUGGUCUUGGUUUUCUUGCUAUGCUGGGUGUCGCUGCUGCUCUUUGA